GUAGCAUAACAAGUGUAGGUUUGUAAACUCUUUAACCAAAAUGCUUGAGGAAGACAUCGAAGAUACUCAUUUAUGCAUUAAAUGUAGUACUACUAUUGUGGGCUUAGAAAAUUAUAUUCAGCAUAGAAAAAAUCAGUGCACCGUAAAAACCAAUUCACGUAUUAUUCAUCAAGUAUCUGAAGAACAUCAUCAUCGUUCUCAUUAUGAAACUUUUGACUUUACUGAAGGCCAAUCCUCGAGUUUUGCGAAGCAUAGCGAAGAAAAUGAGAAGUCAAACAAAUCUUUAUCAGAAAACUAUGAUUUGCCAUAUGAUUUGGGUGCCGACAUAUUUUUUCAAUCAUUAGAACUUCAAAGCAGUACCAAACGUGGUCAUCAUCACUCUAACAAUUCUUCAACAUCGAUUCCCCCGGCUAUAAGUAAAACAUCUAUUAAUUUAAAUAAUUUACCAAAUACUGGAGCAAAAGUUUCAUCCUCUAGUGGGAAGGGAAAUCAAAGGAAGAACGGAAUAAUUUCUGGUUUAAGUCAUAGAGAUGAAUGGAUUCACCCAACAACGCCUGAUAAUUCAGAUAAUCUAAUGAAAGCCGUUCAUGAUUUAAGUGGUACAAAAAAAUGUGACUCAAUAUUUAAGCUGAUUCCUUUUCAGCAUGAUUCUCCAGAUCAAAGUGAUGAUGGGCGCGAAGAUGACUUAGAAGAAGAAGAUGAGGAAGAAUUAGAUGAUGACGAUUAUUUAACAAUUCCUGCUGAUCAUACUGGUGGCAAAUGGAAACCAGAAAACAGUUUAAGAAACAGCCCUGGAUGGGAAAAUAAUCAUUGGUCGGAUUUUAAAACAAAUCAUAAGGAGUUAGAUUAUUUCGAAAAUUACUUAAUCAAUCCUCCACCUGGUCAUACAAAAGGAAAAUGGGUACCCGGCACCAAAGUCGUCAAACUUAACUAUAAAGAAGAUACAGAAAUUGAAAAAAUUUUUACUCAUCAAUAUUGGUGUAAUACAUGUAAUCGAAAAUUAGCUUCAAAAAUAUUGUAUGAAAGGCAUUUGAAAUCUAAUUUACAUUUAAAAAGAGCAAAACCGGAACAAGAACUUGAAAAGGCAACAGUGCAAACCAUGUCUGAACGGCUAAAGAAACCUUCAAUUUACCUCAAUGCUACUAUAUAUACAACGGGAACAGAAUUACCAGCAACCCAAGAAAUUCAUGAUGAUAAAAGUCAAACUAAAGUUACAAAACGAAAACGACGUAAACAUUUUGUAAAAUGUAAAACAUGUAACACUCGUCUUCCAAAAUAUUUACUUGGAAAACAUUUAAUUUCACAUUAUCAUUAUCGUCGUAUGAUUGCAGAUCCUAGAAACUCACUAGAUAUGAUUUUAGAAAACAUUCACAGAAUAGUACAACAGUCACCAUUCCAAUGUCAGCCCUGUCGAUUUUAUUGCAACAUUGAGGAGGAUUUUGUAUUUCACUGGAAUAGUAUUGCUCACUUAGAUUUAACUGAAGGUCCUGGAAAAUUUUGGUGUACAUUUUGCAAAUUUGAAUGUGAAGAUAAUAAUCAAAUGCGACGUCAUUUAGUAAGUCUUGACCAUAAAGAGGUUAUAUUAGCAAUAAAUCGAUCGGUUCCAAUUGUAAUACGAAAAAAAAUCAUAAUUGAGUGUACAAAAUGUAAACAUAAUUUUCGAUAUAACAUAGAAUUAAGGAAACAUGCAGAAUUAUGCUCGAAAGCACCAUUAGGAACAGCUUCAGAUGACUAUCAAUCUAAAUUUGUAUGCGAAAUGUGUGGAGAUACUAGAAAAUCUCAAUUAUCUUUACAAAAGCAUGUGAAAAUAAAGCAUUCCAGAAAAUUUUACUUUUGUUCAAUUUGCAAAAUACGCUUUAAAACCCCUUCAGAAUCUAUUAAACAUCGAAAUACUUCGAAACAUAAAAUCAUGGUGAAGAAAUUGAAGCAAAAAGAAAACGUUUCUAAGCAAUGCAGGAUAUGCUCAAAAUUUUAUUCUGAUUUGAAUUCGUUAAAAUGCCAUAUAAUGAAAUCUCAUCCCGAUGAAGCUUUUUCAUGUUCUUAUUGUGGUGCAAAAUUUGCAAUAUACCAAUCAUUGGGCAGGCAUAUUAGGGAUAAAGUAUGUCAAAAACAAAGGUUUGAUGAAAUCAUAACACAAAAUUCUCAAAGCUCUAAAAACAUAAAAAAUACUGAAGAAAAUCUACAUGAAACUUUACCUGAAAAAUAUUGUAAGAGUACGCGAGCUGCUGAAGAUGUAAAACUGUCGUUAGAAAACGCAGAAUAUUUAAAUAAAGAAAUUCAUUGUAUGAAAAAUCGGGAGCUAAAGGAAGAUGCAUUAUAUCUUGUUUGUGAUUCUUGUAAUUUUAAGACUACGUCAACAGCUGAAUUAAUUUUUCAUGAAAUACUACACAAUUUACCAUCCAAUUUUAAUUAUAAACUGUCGAAGCUGUCGUGUCCCAUGUGUUCAAAAAUGUUCCGAAAACAUUCAUUGAGAUUGCAUUUAAGAAUUCACACAAACGAAAGAAUCUUUGAAUGUCCACAUUGUAAAAUGGCUUUUGUACGAAAAUAUAAUUUAAAAGAACAUAUUGAUUAUAUCCAUUUGAAACUCAAACCUAAAGGUAAAACUCAUAAUCAAAAUGAUGUUGAAAUGAAUCUGAAAAAAUUUAAAUACAGUAGUUGUAAUGAAUCCUUUGUUUGUGAUAAAAAAUUAAAUGAACAAAAAAAGCGAGAUGAGCGAUUUAAAUGCCCUUUCCCGAAAUGUAUUUUUAAUGGAAGAAAUUCUCAUGAUUUGAAAAUGCAUCAAACAACUCACAGUGAUGAAAAAAUAUUUGAAUGCACAUAUCGUAAUUGUACUUACAAAGGGAAAAAUGCAGUCAAUUUAAAAAAACAUGAAAAAAGUCACUUAGAUUUAGAAAAGAAAUUCGCAUGUACCGAAUGCAAAUUUGAAACAAAAUAUUCAACACAUUUAAGAAGACAUUUAGCUAUACAUUCCGGUGAAAAAGCUUUUAAGUGCCCACAUUGUUGUUAUGCUAGCAGCAGUAAGGAAAAUUUGAGGAAACAUAUUUUAAAUACCAUAAAGCAUAAUGGUCGAUUUCUUUAUGAAUGUAAAUUAUGUGACAAAGCUGAUGAAAACAGGUUUCAAUCGAAUUUCGAGAAAGACUAUAGAGCUCAUUUGAUUUUGUUCCAUAAAAUUGAGAAAGAUAUAAAUGAAAUAUUAAAGAGUUAAUACAAAAAAUUAAAAAAAAAUUA